AACAGUUUGACAGCCUGUUAGAUAGCUAACAGCCACCGAAAAGACGGCUUCCUGCAUCUAGUUUGAUUUAGUUUGACCUUCUAUUUUCCUGGGGGUUUUUUUGUUUUGUUAAUUAGCUUGCUAUCAUGACGUCCAUAGAUGACAGUAACAAGGAAAAGCUGCGCUCUGUGUCUGUGGACUUGAACAAUGAUGCCUCGCUUGUCAUUGAUAUUCCUGAUGCUCUGUGUGAAAGGGAUAAAGUCAAGUUCACAGUCCAUACAAAGACGACCUUGAGCUCCUUCCAGAAACCAGAAUCCUCUGUUCCCCGGCAGCAUGAAGAUUUUAUCUGGCUGCAUGACACUCUGGUUGAAACCGAGGACUAUGCUGGUCUAAUCAUCCCUCCAGCUCCCCCGAAGCCAGAUUUUGAGAGCCCAAGGGAGAAGAUGCACAAACUGGGGGAAGGCGAAGCCACAAUGACUAAAGAGGAGUACACUAAAAUGAAGCAAGAGCUGGAGGCUGAAUAUCUGGCUGUAUUUAAGAAAACCGUUCAAGUGCACGAAGUCUUCUUGCAGAGAUUGUCUUCGCACCCCGUUUUAAGCAAGGACAGAAACUUCCAGAUUUUCUUGCAGUAUGACCAGGAUCUCAGCGUGAGGAGAAAAAAUGCCAAGGAAAUGUUUGGAGGAUUCUUCAAAAACAUGGUGAAGUCUGCCGACGAGGUCCUCAUCUCAGGAAUUAAGGAAGUGGAUGACUUUUUUGAGCAGGAGAAAACAUUUUUGCUUGACUACUACAGCAAAAUAAAAGAUUCCACUGCCAAAGCUGAGAAAAUGACACGUUCACACAAAAAUAUCGCAGAUGAUUACAUUCACAUUUCUGCCACUUUGAACAGCAUCUGCGCUGAGGACAGUACACCAAAUAAGAAGAACCUGGAGAAGCUGUCAGACUUGUUUGAGAAGCUCAGAAAAGUGGAGGGAAGGGUAGCAUCUGAUCAGGAGCUGAAACUCACAGAGCUGCUGAGAUACUAUAUGAGGGACAUCCAGGCAGCUAAGGACCUUCUGUACAGACGAGCCAGAGCAUUAGUUGAUUACGAGAACUCUAACAAGGCCUUGGAUAAAGCCAGACUUAAGGGCAAGGAUGUUGCCCAAGCAGAGGAACACCAGCGGCAGUGCCUACAGAAAUUUGACAAGCUCUCAGAAUCUGCUAAAAAAGAACUCACCAGCUUCAAGGGCAGACGAGUUGUUGCCUUCAAGAAAAAUCUCAUAGAAAUGGCUGAGCUUGAGAUAAAACAUGCUAAGAACAAUGUGGCUCUUUUGCAAGGAUGCGUUGACAUCCUCAAGGGCAACUGACGCGUUAAAGUAUUAAUGUCCCAGCACCACUAAGUGACCAAUCCUUGCAAAUGGAAACCCAACAUUCCCAGGAUGUUUCAUCGAAAUGAUGCCAAGCACGUCUCUGCUCUACCCUGGGUCUGAUGCAACUUAAAAUCCCUGUAAGAUACGCUGUAUCUACUAAGCACAAUGUCCUCAUGUUUACAGAGUCCCUGUCCCCUGCUCUUUUGUCCACCUGUCUUACUGUAUUUAAUGUAGAGCUCUAGCUCAGUGUGAAUGUCUCCUAAAAUUAAGGUUGCCAUCAUUAAGGCCUUCCAUAAAUAUGCAGCAUUAAUAAAUGUGACAUUUUUCCAUCUCUUAAUUUUAUGCACUUAGUUUUUGUUUAGCUUUUUUGGUCCUUUUUUUCCUUAAACACAUUUUUGCCAUUAUUCUGACCCAAGCCUUCCUCUUCAUUUAUGCUUUUAGAUAACUUUAAAAACAAGGUUACACUGUUUGUUUUUCAUCAUUCAUGUACUUUGGGGAUUUUUGUUUAGAUUUUUUUUUUCUAAUGCAACUCUUCUAUAAGUGGAAAAAAGUGUCUGCAUCCUGCAUUACAUAUAUAUAAAAAAAAAAAAUCAUGACUGAAUUUAUAAAAAAAGAAAUUAAAAUGUUUUUUGUAUGUUAAAAAAUAUUUCCACACCUGGUCCUUGUUUAAUAGAGAACAUGGCUCAAAUUCAACUUAAUUGUAUAAAUAAGAUAUUGAAAGUGAUUCUAAAGCAAAUUACAUAAACAAACAUUAAUAGGCAAUCAGAGGACAUUAACAUCACCAUGCUCCCCCACUAUUAUUCAUCUUGAACAUCUUUGGUCUGUUUAUUCUGUAUUUUGGACAAUGUAAUGUGUUACUUUACUCAUCCCGGUUGUUAUUAUUAGACUCACAAAAUAAAUCAGGUAAAAAAAAAAAACUGUUUACUUUAAAUUAAAAAAAUAUGCACCUAAAAGAUAGAAAAAGGCUCUUCACAAUCAUGCUCUAGCUUGUUGGAGUGUUACAAUGAAUCAUAUUUUUUUUUGUUAAAAAAUGGAAUGUAUUUCUAAAGAUUAAAACUGUUCACAAUCUUUUUCAUACUACCCUUUCUUACAGAAACAGCAUUUUAUGGAUUUGUAAUGGCAUUGAAUAAAUUCUACUUU